UGACUCUCACUUGACAACAUGGAUCUUCGGCUGCUGGUGCCCAUUUGGUUGGCCUUCAUUCCUGGUCUCCCAGCAGCGGAUGUUUUACUAUCACGGCCCAAGAACUCCAGGGUCAUCAAUGAUGUGGAAAUCCAAACUAUGCAGAUCAACAGCAAAGUGACAUCACGAUUUGCCCACAAUGUAAUCACCAGCAGAGCUGUCAACCAUGCCAAUGUAUCUAGGGAAAUCAUCUUCGAUGUCGAGAUACCCAAGACGGCCUUCAUUAGCAAUUUCAUCAUCACGGUGGAUGGGGUCCCAUAUCCUGGAAACAUUAAAGACAAAGAGGCGGCAAGGAGACAAUACCGAAAAGCUGUUUCCCGGGGAGAGACUGCAGGCCUGGUGAAGGCCUCAGGGAGGAAAAUGGAAAAAUUCACCAUUUCGGUAAAUAUCGCAGCAGGCAGCAGAGUCACUUUUGAGCUGACCUACGAGGAGCUGCUGAAGCGACACUUGGGGAAAUAUGAAAUCAUCAUUAAGGUUAAACCUAAACAGCUAGUCAAUCAGUUUGAGAUUGAAGUUGACCUCUUCGAGCCCCAGGGUAUCAGCAUGUUGGAAGCCCAAGCAUCAUUCCUCGCUGGUGACCUUUCCCAAGUCAUUGAAAAGUCCUUCUCAGGAAAGAGGGGGCGAGUGUAUUUCAACCCAACUGUUGAUCAACAGCAGACCUGUCCAACUUGCUCCACAUCCUUGCUGGACGGAGAAUUUACGAUAAAAUAUGAUGUGAACCGAGACGCAUCCUGUGAUCUACAGGUGGUCAAUAAAUACUUUGCACACUUUUUUGCUCCCAAAAACCUUAAGAAUAUUCCUAAGAAUGUGGUUUUUGUGAUAGACAUCAGUGCUUCAAUGGCUGGUCGAAAAAUAAGUCAGACAAGAGAUGCUCUCCUUAAAAUACUCAACGAUAUUCGACCGGAGGAUUACUUUAACUUCAUACUGUUUGGUGGUUAUGUAAAAACCUGGAAAGACUCAUUAGUCAAAGCCACCGUCGCCAAUUUGAAGGAAGCUAAAGACUUCGUUCAGAACUUCAAAAUUGCCGGAGCCACAAGCCUAAAUGGUGGUUUACUCCAGGGCAUUGAGAUCCUGAACAGAGCUCAUGAAACACAUCCUGAGCUCAAAAAGAACGCCCCGAUAGUUAUCAUGUUGACUGACGGUGAACCCACUAUUGGAGAAGUCAGGCUUCACAAAAUCCGAGAGAACGUAAGGAAUGCUAUCAGAGGGAAGUUUCCUCUGUAUAGCCUGGGCUUUGGCGAUAAAGUGGAUUUUAAUUUCUUGGAAACAAUGUCGCUGGAGAACAAUGGAGUGGCUCGUCGGAUCUACCAGGAAAGUGAUGCGGCUGACCAGUUGCAGGGCUUUUAUGAUGAAGUGGCCAAUCCUCUGCUUGUAGACGUGGAACUCCAGUAUCCCCAGAAUUCCAUUUCUGCCCUGACGCAGAAUAACUUCAAGCAGUACUACGAUGGCUCUGAGAUUGUGGUGGCCGGCCAGAUCAACGACCAUGACCUGAGCAAUUUUAAAGUCGACAUGAAAGCUCGGGGUGCGGACAAGGAUUUGGCAUCUACUUGUUUGGUAGAAAAACAAAAGAUGGAGCAAGCUCUUCACGAAAGGGGUCACAUGUUUGAAGAGCACAUUGAGAGGCUCUGGGCUUAUCUCACCAUCCAGCAGUUGCUGGAAAAAAGGAUUAAAGCAGAAGGGAAUGAGAAAGACAACCUGACAGCCCAAGCUCUGGAACUCUCUCUGAAAUACAAGUUUGUGACCCCUUUGACGUCCAUGGUGGUCAUCAAGCCAGGAGAUGCCGAAGAUCAGGUUUCAUUGGCUGACAAACCAGGAGAAGAGAUGGCUGAAGUAAAAGCCAAGGCACCAAAAAAAAUAGUCCUUCCAGCUCAAUAUACUCUUCACCAUGUUGCUAAGGGAAGAAAGCCCUCGCCCUCCCAACCGUCAAAAACUCCAGACCAUAUCAUUAGUGAGGUAAAGCCCUCGACCUCCCAAUUGUCAAAAACUCCAGACCAUAUCAUGAGUGUUGACGAAGAUCCCCACUUCAUCAUCCGAGUGCCGGACAAAGAAGACGCCCUUUGUUUCAAUAUCAAUGAAGAGCCGGGAGUGGUUUUAAACCUCCUCAGAGACCCAGGCACAGGAAUCACAGUGAACGGACAGCUUAUUGGGGAGCAGCUCAACAACAGUGCCAAGACAAAGAGCACAUACUUGGGGAAACUCGGGAUUGUGAACCAGGAAAUGGAUUUAAAAUUAGAAGUGACUCCUCAGACCAUCAUCCUUCACUUUGGUCCCCGAAAGAGCAUUUUCAGCUGGCUAGAGAGAGUGAUGCUACGCCAGGGAGGUGUGAUUAUGACAAUUAACAGGAAAAGAAAUCUGGUGCUAUCGAUGGGAGAUGGCGCCACCUUCGUGGUGGUUCUACAUAACGUGUGGAAGAAGAAUCCUGUUCACCAGUCCUUCCUUGGGUUAUAUACUCUGGACAGUCACAAAUUGUCUGAACAGACCCAUGGGCUGUUAGGACAGUUUUUGCACCCAAUUGAUUUUGAAGUGUUCGAUGUCCGGCCUGGGUCUGACCCCGCCAAACCAGAUGCCACGAUGAUGGUGAAAAACCACAAGCUGACAGUCACCAGGGGCUGGCAGAAGGACUACAGGAAGGACCCCCGGCACGGCACCAAGGUCUCCUGUUGGUUCGUUCACAACAACGGGGCCGGACUGAUUGACGGCAGCCACACGGACUACAUCGUCCCGGACAUAUUUUACUGUGGGGAUUCUCCCGCUACUUCAUUAUGAAAAGUCACAUUACCUUGGCGUAUCGGGAUUCCUUCAAUUCCAAGGCCACUCUCUGUUGUGCGUGAAUAAGGGAUAUUCACUGAGGGGCUUUCUUUGGACAGUCUCCUCUAGACUAUAAACUCAAUGUGGGCAGGGAUUGCAUCUA